AUUUAAACUUAUCGAUUAGAAACAGUUUUGUGAUUUUGACAUUUCAACUCAUACAAUUAAAAAAAAUUCUAUAAAGGUCAAAAUUAACAAAAAUUAUAAACUGAGUAAUUUUAAACGGUCCUUGAAAAGGAAUAUAUCCUUAUUGAAUAUCCUAAAAUUGAUACAACAGAAUGGCAAACAUGGCUGUUUCUCGUAUAAAGCGAGAGUUCAAAGAAGUAAUGAGAAGUGAGGAAAUUGUGCAAUGUUCUAUUAAAAUUGAACUAAUUAAUGACAGCUGGACAGAACUGCGAGGGGAAAUUGCUGGUCCGCCGGACACGCCAUAUGAGGGUGGCAAAUUUGUUUUAGAGAUUAAAGUCCCGGAAACAUAUCCAUUUAAUCCACCUAAAGUCCGAUUUAUAACAAAAAUCUGGCAUCCAAAUAUCUCUUCGGUUACUGGAGCAAUUUGCUUGGAUAUUUUGAAAGACAAUUGGGCCGCUGCAAUGACUUUGCGGACUGUUUUACUCUCCCUUCAAGCUUUGUUGGCUGCUGCAGAGCCUGAUGAUCCACAAGACGCAGUAGUAGCAUACCAGUAUAAAGAUAAAUAUCAAUUGUUUCUUAUGACGGCUAAGCAUUGGACAAAUAUAUAUGCUGGAGGUCCACACAAAUUUACUGAGUGUGAUACGAAAAUUCAACGCCUAAAAGAUAUGGGAAUUGAUGAGCAUGAUGCGCGGGCUGUUUUGUCAAAAGAAAACUGGGAUUUGGAAAAGGCGACAGAGAGCUUGUUUAGCUAGCUUCUUGUUUAUUUAUAAAAAUACAAAUUUUAUGGAAAUAAGAAUUUAUAAAAAAUAUUGUUUAGCAGGGUUUGAAUUAUUUUUA